AUGGACACGGCGAGGAUGAAUUCCUUCCUCGAUUAUCCGCCCAUCCUCAACGGCGAGUCCGCCACUUGCUCCUCCCGUGCCUACCACCACCACCACCACCACCACCAUCACCACCACCCCGACCAUGGGAUUACAGCCACCUUCCAGUCGUGCGCGGUCAGUGCCAACAGCUGCAACGGGGACGACCGCUUCCUAGUGGGCAGGGGCGUCCCGAUCAGCCCCCAUCCCCACCACCAGACUGGUUCCGCCUACCAGCACCAUCCCAAUCUGGGGAUGUCCUACUCGCACCCCAGUUAUGGCGCGCAGAAUUUCAGCGCGGGGGGCUACGGCCACUACCCACUCAGCCAAGAGGCAGAGAUGAGCGGGGGCUACCCCCAGUGCGCUCCCGCCCCCUACUCUGGCGGAAGCGUGUUGUCGCCCAUGGUCCAGCACCCCCAGAGUUACGCUGGCGGCACCGCGAGCUCCACUCAGUACAUCCACCCCUCUUAUGGAGAAGAACAGCAGAACUUGCCCCUGACCGGUUACAGCCACCCCUUGUCUCCUCUCCACUCGAACCACCAGGAAACCUGCGGCUCUCCUUCUUCAGAGACCUCUCCUCCAGCCCAGACUUUCGACUGGAUGAAAGUGAAGCGAAACCCUCCUAAAACAGGGAAAGCGGGGGAAUACGGUUACGUCGGGCAGCCCAACACGGUCCGCACCAACUUCACCACCAAGCAGCUGACGGAGCUGGAAAAGGAAUUCCACUUCAACAAAUACCUCACCAGGGCCCGUCGGGUGGAGAUCGCGGCUUCCUUGCAGCUGAAUGAGACCCAGGUGAAGAUCUGGUUCCAGAACCGCAGGAUGAAGCAGAAGAAGAGGGAGAAAGAGGGCUUGCUCCCCAUUUCGCCGGCCACCCCCACGGGAAGUGAGGAAAAAACGGAGGAGUCGUCGGAGAAAUCCAGUCCUUGCCCAUGUACUCCUUCGCCGGCCUCCUCUACCUCAGACACACUUGCUACCUCGAACUGA